GAUACUCAUUGUAAUGACCACUUAAUCCCAUUCAUUUUAAUCAGGCUCAACAAACUGCAUAGUUUUGAUUUCAAGUCAUACAGGAUUGGCAAUCAGCGCCAGGUGAACAUGAUGAAGCAAUCAGCUGUUAUCUUAAAGAUGGCCUUGAUGAUGCUGAUGCUGCUGCUGCACGGCACAGAUGCAACGAUGGACAUCAUUCCCAAAAAUCAAGAUGUUAAGGUGGGAGAAGAUGUCUUUAUCUUGUGUAAAGCUGGAGGAGAGGGAGAUAUAGUGUGGCAGAAGGACGGGGAAGAGAUCGACGAUGAAGACAAGUUGUCAAAGCUGGACGAGACUUCCUCUAAAUUGAUCAUUAAGAAGGCUACGAUGGAGGAUGCGGGCAGAUACACCUGUGUGUGUAACUUCGACAACGGACACGAAGAUGCUGUUUCGACACAGCUGUAUGUUUAUGAGGGUCCAUCAAUUGUAAGCACCAACACCUACCAUGAGUUCCUGCAGGGCACAGAAGGAAUGGUGCCAUGCGUGGUGACCGGCCAGCCAGCCAUGGAUGUUCACUGGCUCAGAGACGGAGAGGAAAUCUCCUCUGAUGCUACAGCAGGAAAGCGUGUGCAUCAGCAGCCUGAUAACACAGUCCUUAUUAAAAAUGUGACGAGAGAGGAUGCCGGGACGUACGUGUGUCAGGCUCAGAUCAGAGGAAGGUCCAUCAAACAGACACUCAACUUCUCUGUCGUCGUCAAUGCUCCUCCUACUGUGCGUUUGAGAGAAGAGGUGAAGAAAGUGCUGGCCGGACCAGAAACAAACGUUUCCCUGCUGUGUUUGGUGGACGGUCACCCAAAACCCAACAUCACCUGGACCUUGCCGAUGACAUUUGACCCUUCACAUCAUUAUUUUGACUCAGACCGCAGCCAGUUGACUAUAAGGUCUGUUACCAGGGCCGACUACGGCGAGUACAUCUGCACCGCCACCAACAAGAUAUCGGAAAGCAGUGCCACCAUUAUGCUUCAUGUUUUUGAGGCCCCAGAGGUGUUUGUGUCAGCAAAGCAGCAGAGUGUAUCAGUGGGCGAGAGCGUGUCUGUGUCCUGUAACGUGUCUGGUCAUCCUCAGCCUGAGCUAUACUGGCUCAACAAGCACAAUGGACGCACACUGGACUCCACCUCUGGUCGUGUCCGUGUUGUUGAUGGUGCAUUGGUGAUUAAUGAGGUAGUGCCCUCUGAUGGUGGGCUGUAUUCCUGCAUGGCUGUCAGCACCUCUGGAAAUGCAUCGAGAGACUUUGCAAUACACACCCAGCCUGGUCGGCCUCACUACCUGUCAGUCUCAUCUGGGCAAACCUCAGUCCUCUUCUCCCUCAAAAGCCUGCCCAUCAGUGGAGGAACACCAAUCACAAGCUUCAUCCUGCAGUGGAGGCAAAGUGCAGCAGAACAGUGGAAGGAGAUCACAGUCCCAGCUUCAGAUCCCCAUCUAGCUAUCACCUCCCUCAAGCCGUACACAUUGUACAAAGUGCAUUUGGCUGCCAUGAAUGCAGUUGGAGUGGGAGAGUUCUCAGAACAAAACACCGUCCGCACCGAGGGAAUGCGUGAACCAGACAGUCCAGUUUUGUUGUCCAAUGAUAUGAAAGUAGAGGGCAACUCCUUUUCUGUCCCUCUCAAACAGAGUGAUGAUGGUGGAACUCCUCUGCUGCACUUUGACGUACGAUACAGACAGGAUAAAGAAGGAACUGAGUGGAAAGAGAUGGAGCUGCCAUCCAAUGCUGACUCCGUCUCCCUUAAAGAUCUUUCCUACGACUCAGACUAUCAACUGCAAGUUUCAUCCGUCAACCCUAAUGGUUCCUCUAUCCCUGCCAUGUUCAACUUCACCAUUGCGGAUCAGCCUGCCAAAUUGAGCAUGACCAAAGGCAGCGUGGUUGGCAUCGUCAUAGUGAUCUUCCUUGUGGUAUUCCUGGUGGUAGACGCCACCUGCUGCUACAGAAAUCGCUGCGGCCUGCUCAUGACCAUCGCUGUGAAACUCUUUGGACAGAAAGUCCCAGGCCUCCAAAUGCUUGAAGAAGGGGAAGGAACCAAUGGAGAAGUGAAGCUGAACAAUAUAUCCACUCCAAGAGACAGUGUUCAACAUUCCGAAGCAGGGGUGCAGACACUCACUAAGGACGAGGGGCAGCUCAGAGAGAUCACCUGCGACAAAGCCCCCCUUACCAAACACGAGAAAAAAACAGCGGGCAGAGAACUGCACGCUGCCAUUGCAUGAGGCCAGAAACCGCAGAAAGAAGAAAGAAGAAGUGUGAAAAAGCAAGGAUGAUGUAUAGACAACAAGAAGAUAUCCAACCACCACUAAGCCUUAAUGACUGAGUCAGAACCGUCAGCAAUCUCUACAUUCAAUACCACUGCUAUGGGAAAGGCGUCUGUGCUGUUGGAGUGAGAGGAAAGCGGGUUUGAAAUCUCCCAACAUACAGUUCACAUUAAGACUGCCACAGGCUACAUGCAGGAGAUUUUAUAAUUUUUUGUUUUUUUUCUGUUUUGUGUACGCUGAUCUAGAUUGGCUCAACGACAAAGUCUCAUUUUACAUGGUAAUUGUGUUAUCUGUGUUUUACAGGUUAAACUUGUUGGUGUUAUAAAUUAAUUUUGAAUUGUUAUAUUUAACAAUAUUUACUAAAAGUCACCUUCUGUACUUUGAAUGUUGUACACAGACACAUGGUCUUGUUUAAUUUGUACUAUUUGUUAUCGUAUCACGAUAUCCUGUUUAAUGCAUCGGAAAUAUUUUCAUUUAUAUCUUUUAAUCCUUCUUCACUUUUUUUUUUUUUUUCAACAUGCGUUGUGGCUGCUUUUCCGAUGUAUAUGUAAGAGUAAACAUAUAUUUUUUUAGAUGAAAUAGCAGUGUAUUUAACACUGUAUUCAGCAAUAACUUAACCUAUCUAACCUUUAUAUAAUUAUCAUGCACUAAUAUGUAUUGUUUUCAAACCAUACAUGAGAGAUAUUUUUAUUAUUAUAUAUCAAGAGAGGCUUUGAACUUGAAGCCAUAUUUGACUUUGUAACCGGCUUUGGAAGCUGUAAUUUAAAGCAGCUUUUAUUAUGAGAACCUUCUUUAAAGUACCUGUAAUAAUAUGUGACAUGAAAUACAUAUACAAACCAACAAAAUGUAUUAAUGCUGUAAAUUAUUUUGUUUUCAUAGUCAUUAUAUUUACAGUAAUGAAAUAUGUUCCAGUGAAAAUGUUUCAGGUCAAAUAUUUAACUUGCAGCUUUUUUGAUUUGACGAUACUUUGACAUUAUUAUGUCAUGUUUGCAAAUUACCUGACCAUGUUAAUGAAGUGUGUUGAUAUUAAUGUUAUAUUGUAUUGAACAUUGUAAAUGACUGUACAUACACAUGUCAUUACAUAUUUUGUGGUUGAUAAAAACAUUGACUGUAAAA